AGCUUCGCUUGUCGGACUGCCGCGGAGCCUACCGGGAAGGUAGCUGCAGCUGGGUCAUCUUCAGUGGCGCAGGAGUUGGUUUUUGGUCUUGGUACCCCUACCGCGAUGUGGUUCGAGAUUCUCCCUGGACUCGCCGUCAUGGGGGUGUGUUUGCUCAUCCCCGGAGUGGCCACUGCGAACAUCCACAAGUUCACUAACGGGGGCAAGGAAAAGAGGGUUGCCCAUUAUUCAUAUCAGUGGAAUUUGAUGGAAAGAGAUAGGCGGAUCUCCGGGGUGAAUCGUUACUAUGUAUCAAAGGGUUUGGAGAAUAUUGACUGACUCACGGAAGCAUUUUCCUGAUGGAUGA